AUGGGCAGCGAGCGAAAAUCGGCAGUGUUACCUGAUAAUUGCAGGAAGAUGAGUGCGUACCACGAGGGAGGGAGGGCCCUUGUUGCUAUCCACACGGACGGUGCUCACACAAUCCACAAGGCUACCAUUGUCCCGAGGGGGAACACUCUCGGCAUGGUGACGCAGUUGCCGGAGGAAGAAGAUGUGUACAAAGUCUCAAGGAAGAAGAUGCUGGCCAAAUUGGACAUACUCAUGGGAGGCAGGGUGGCUGAGGAGCUUAUAUUUGGAGAGAGCGAGGUGAGCUCUGGCGCCGUGUCUGAUCUAAGCGAGGCGACUAAACUGGCGAAAGAUAUGGUCACCAAGUAUGGUAUGAGCGAGCUGAUCGGCCUUGUUUCCUAUGGCAACAACAGUGAUGGUGGUGGCGGGAAGAAGGCAGCGACUGCGAGUGGGCAUACGAUGGCUCUGGCCGAUGAGGAGGUGAGAGAAUUGCUUGGCAAGGCUUACAAGAACGCGAAGAAGAUAGUCACGGCGCACAGCAAGGAGCUUCAUGUGCUAGCCAAUGCCCUUCUCGAGCAUGGAACUCUCACCGGAGACCAGAUAAAUGAACUUCUUGGUGAGAGCGAGGUGACUGCUGGUGCAUUGGCUGAUCUAAGCCAGGCGACGCAGCUGGCAAUAGACAUGGUCACCAGGUUCUUCCUCGACGGGUACUGCCGGUUCUGUGACUGA